UUGGCUGGGCUGCUCAAGCAUCUCCUCCGGCUUGGAACUGUCCGCCGGCGCCAGCUGCUGAACAUGAGCCUCCUGCCUCUUUACCUGCUCGGAUUGCUCCUCAGUAGCGGGCAAGCUCUACUUCAGGUUACAAUUUCACUUAGCAAAGUUGAGCUCAGUGUGGGUGAAUCCAAGUUCUUCACAUGCACAGCCAUUGGUGAGACUGAGAGCAUAGAUUGGUACAACCCACAAGGAGAGAAGAUUGUUUCUAGUCAAAGAGUGGUUGUUCAGAAGGAAGGUAUUCGAGCACGUCUAACCAUCUAUAAUGCAGACAUAGAAGAUGCUGGUAUAUAUCGGUGUCAAGCAACAGAUGCUAAAGGACAAACUCAAGAAGCUACUGUUGUUUUGGAAAUUUAUCAAAAGCUCACUUUCCGAGACAUAGUAUCUCCCCAAGAGUUCAGGCAGGGAGAAGAUGCAGAAGUUGUUUGCCGUGUUACUAGUUCACCUGCUCCCAUUGUCAGCUGGUUAUAUCGAAACGAGGAAGUCACAGCUACUGCUGACAAUCGAUUUGCAGUAUUAGCCAACAAUAAUCUCCAAAUUCUUAACAUCAACAAAAGUGAUGAAGGAGUAUACAGAUGUGAAGGAAGAGUGGAAGCCAGAGGAGAAAUUGACUUUCGGGACAUAAUUGUUAUUGUGAAUGUUCCCCCUGCAAUUACCCUACUACAGAAAUCCUUUAAUGCCACUGCAGAUCGAGGAGAGGCAAUAACUUUUUUCUGCAGAGCUGCUGGAUCACCUCCACCUGAAAUCAGUUGGUAUAGGAAUGGUAAACUCAUUGAAGAAAAUGAAAAAUACAUGCUAAGAGGCAGAAAUACAGAACUAACAAUAAAAGAUAUAAAAAUUAUUGAUGCAGGACCUUAUAUCUGUAAUGCUAAAAGCAAAGCCGGAAGUGAUAAAAGACAGACAUUCCUUCAAGUUUUUGUACAGCCUCAAAUAAUACAGCUUAAAAAUGAAACAUCUUUUGAGAAUGGGAAAGCCACCCUCACCUGUGAAGCAGAAGGAGAACCCAUCCCAGAGAUUACUUGGAAAAGGGCCAUUGAUGGAAUAACUUUCUCUGACGGUGACAAGAGCCCAGAUGGCCGUAUAGAAGUCAAAGGGCAGCAUGGAAAAUCGUCACUGCAUAUUAAAGAUGUGAAGUUGUCAGAUUCAGGGAGAUAUGACUGUGAAGCUGCAAGUAGAAUUGGUGGGCACCAAAAGAGCAUGUACCUUGAUAUUGAAUAUGCUCCAACAUUUGUGUCAAAUCAAACCAUGUAUUACUCUUGGGAAGGCAAUCCCAUCAAUAUAAGCUGUGAAGUGCUAGCAAAUCCACCUGCCUCAGUUCAGUGGAGAAGAGGAAAAUUCAUUUUACCAGUAAAAAAUACAACACAUUUGAAGACCUACAGUACAGGAAGGAAGCUGAUUCUAGAGAUUGCUCCCACAUCUGACAGUGAUUUUGGACGGUAUAAUUGUACAGCCACAAACAGAAUAGGUACAAGAUACCAGGAGUAUACACUUGGUCAAGCUGAUGUGCCAUCAAAUCCUUAUGGAGUACGAGUUUUAGAGUUGUCACAAACCACUGCUAAAGUUUCAUUCAAUAAGCCAGAUUCACAUGGAGGUGUGCCAAUUCAUCAUUACCAAGUAGAUGUAAAAGAGGCAGCCUCAGAAACCUGGAAAAUAAUUCGCUCCCAUGGAGUUCAAACAAUGGUUCUUCUCAGCAAUUUGGAACCAAAUAUGACAUAUGAACUCAGAGUAGCUGCUGUAAAUGGAAAAGGGCAAGGAGAGUAUAGCAAAAUUGAGAUCUUUCAGACCUUACCUGUCCGGGAGCCAAGCCCCCCUUCAAUUCAUGGACAACCAGGAAGUGGCAAGAGUUUUAAACUUAGCAUAACUAAACAAGAUGAUGGAGGUGCCCCCAUUUUGGAAUAUAUUGUCAAAUACAGAAGUAAAGAUAAGGAAGACCAGUGGCUAGAGAAAAAAGUGCAAGGUAGUAGAGACCACAUCAUCUUAGAUCAUCUGCAGUGGACCAUGGGUUAUGAAGUACAAAUUACAGCUGCAAACAGACUGGGUUAUUCUGAACCAACAUUGUAUGAAUUCAUCAUGCCACCAAAGCCCAACAUUAUUACAGACACUCUUUUUAAUGGUCUUGGACUGGGUGCUGUCAUUGGCCUGGGAGUGGCAGCCCUUUUGUUAAUCCUGGUUGUGAUUGAUGUUAGCUGCUUCUUUUUACGACAAUGUGGAUUGCUAAUGUGCAUCACGAGGAGAAUCUGUGGGAAAAAGAGUGGCUCAAGUGGAAAAAGUAAAGAACUGGAAGAAGGAAAGGCUGCUUACUUGAAAGAUGGAUCAAAAGAGCCAAUAGUGGAAAUGAGAACAGAGGAUGAAAGAAUUACCAGUCAUGAAGAUGGGAGUCCAGUAAAUGAGCCAAAUGAGACAACUCCCCUCACAGAACCAGAGAAGCUGCCACUAAAGGAAGACAAUGGGAAAGAAGCUUUAAAUCCAGAAACCAUCGAAAUCAAAGGUGCUAAUGACACCAUACAGUCAAAAGAAGAUGAUAGCAAAGCAUAAUGAGAUAAACUACAGCUGCCUGGAUAAUGCAUUUGGAUUGAAGUAACCCCGUGACCAAAACUUUACAGCUGACCUUAAUUUCUUGGGAAACUUAAGCUUGGAAUAGUUAGUACAUGUGUACAUAUGAUUAAACUGUUUCUGUCUACAGUUCCUUUCUAUUCUUUUGUCAAUGGUUUUAGUAUGUAGUUUUGCUGACAUCAAGCCCCAUGGUAUAAAUCUGAAAAAAUUGCAGAAUAAGAGCUGUAAUUUAUUACAUGACAAAGUAUGUCUUUUUAAAAUAAUAGUUACAAAGCACCCCUAACCACAAGCAACACACCAGGUCUCUCCAGAUCUUACAGCACAAGCUACAUACAUAAAAUGCCAUAUAUAUACUACUGUAUUUUUUCCCAUUGAUAAUAAAACAAAAUUUUUAGUUAACUUUAAAAAAGAAAAAGAAAACCAUUCUCAGUAUAAUGUUUAAGACCUUAGUGCUGACUGUGCUUAUAGCUUCACCACAGAGCCAGCUCCACCUGGAGUUUCACAUUGGUUCUUCAGCAAAGUAAAAAGUUAAUAACUAUGAUGUAGAGAUUUAAAUAAAAUUGGCCUCACCUUAACUACAUGAGUGUGACUCUCAAAGGCACCGGGAUUUUCAGUGCUUCAGGUUUUCUGUAUUAAAAUUUUGGAAAUUAUGUGUGAACUAAAAUGCAACAAAUGCAUGAAAAGAAAACUCUUUUUUUCAUCAUAAUCCUGGUUUUAAGAGAAACCUUACAAUAAACACAAGCUCAGGUUUUUUUGUCCCAACAUUUUUACACAUAUAAAGUAUUCAUUCUUAUAGUUCUAGUUAUUUAGAGAUAAAACUGUAUUUUAGAGUAGUAGAUACAUUUUCUCCCCAACCCGUACAUGAAAUAUUAAAAGUUGGCCUUACUAAAGUAGCACUUUUUCCUUUAUGAUUUCAUACCACUUGUCUUAACGAAAAAAGCCCCGUAAGAGCAGACAGAAAGAAGCACUUCAGCUAAACAAUUGGGAAUAAUUCUAUAUUAUUAAUUAAUAGCAUCUUAUAUUAGACCAAAUACUUUUUUCUUGUCAAGCAUUCCUUAAGCAAAUCCUUUUUAUUAUUUUAGAUAACAUGCAUCACUCCAAAAUCUGACUUACUUAUUAGAUGCAAAAUGAAUUCAUAUGUAUUAUAAUUGAUUUAAUGGUCCCUCUGAUUGGAGCAAUAUAUUUUGGUUCCAGUCCAGUAUAGUGUAUCUACACUUACCAAACUCUUCAAAGUCUUGCUUUGGAAGAAAUAAAGAAACUAGAUUGAAACUAGAAAAGUAGAUUGAAAAAUUCUACUUGUCAGGAAUAAACUGUAUAAUACCUUGUAAAUUUUCCACAUCUAAUUCAUACCAGAGGUUUACGUGUAGCUUUACUCAUCAAAUUAUGUCCUCACCAUGCUGUAUCUGAAUUUUGCUCAUAUUUGAAGUAUUUAUACUUGAUUUCCCACAGAAUUUCAUCAACCCUUAGCUGUUAUUUUGCUGUCGAGACAAAGUGGUUGACUUUUGUGCAGUAAAGCUGAAAAUUAAAUGUAAGAGUGUCCUUAAAUUUGAGGAAAAGGGCAUGUUAACUUUCUUGCUAACCCAAACUUUAGUGCAUUUGAAAGAGCUAAGGAGAAUAUAUUUAAUUCACAGAUCUUUCUUAUUUUUGAAAACCAAGUCAUUUUAUGGAAUUUUUUACAACUUUUCUGCACUUUGGGAAAUACCUACAGUGAACCAAGUAGUUGAGGACAGAAGCAUAGCACUGGGGUGGCUAGGAUAAGAUGCCAUGUUCCCACAAAACCAGUCCCAAAGUGAAAAGAAUGGGUAAGAAGAGACAGCAAUUUGAGAUGAAAGUAAUUAAAGAGAAUUUAAACUGCUGGAAAGAAGUUUCUUUAAAUGCUAAGGCACUACUUCUGGAUGAAGGAAAGACAAAGACAUUCCUUUAUGACCUCUCACUCUUGCUUCCACAUACUGAGAAGACAGUGCUACCAAAUAGCUGCUUGUCUAUUUAAUUUCUGUCCUGUUUCUUUCUGAGUUAGUACACAGUGAGAAGGACUGUCCCCUAACCUAUAGUGAAGAAAACCUGUUGUAACAUUUAUAUGUAUGAAUAUAUGUUCUUUCUACAAAGUAUGUAUUUGCAGCUGGGCUUUCAUUUCUAUCAAAAUGUAAGGAAGGGACCUGGAAAAUUCCAGCAGUUGAGAAUAAUGUGCUUGGUGUGGCUUGAACAUUUGCAGCCCACAUCAUCUCAUGCAGUAUUUUUACCUCAAUGACGAUGAAGGUGGGAAACAUCCUUUCCUCUUCUACCUGCUGUCACAAAGUUAGGUGGUGCCAUGCCUAGUCACAUAAGUCCAGUUUCACUAGGCAAAUGGUGCUUUUUUUGAAACCAGCAUGAUAAUUUGCAAAAGGUUCCUAUACAGUGUGGGCAGAGCUAACAGUGUCUAAGCUCAACUGUAGAUGCAUUUCAAAUUUUAGUACUUCUUAUCAAGACUUAACACUAAAAAACCCUUCAUGGCCUAGCAGUUAUAUAUUGGUGUUUUGAUUUUUUUUUUUUGGGGGGGGAGUUGUUUGUUUGUUUGUUUUUUCCUGAUAUGCCCUAGAACUGAAUUGUAAAGAGAUUGGAGAAUUUAAGAGGUCUUGUCAGCACAUUUAUUAUUAACACAAUUGUACUACUCUUUACAAGUUAAAUAUACUGCAAAAUUAUUUCAAUACUGGAAGCAAAAGCAUUUCCCACUGUAUUGGGUUACAAAUCAAAAGCUAUUUCCAGGAGUAUUUAUUUUCUUCCUGCUGUUAAUUCUCUUGCCAGUUGGGCUAUGUGAGAAUUAAACAGUUCUAAAUUACUGAUGGACUGUUCCAAGCAUACCUUUUCGUCUGUGUAUUAAUAGAUUAUCUCUUGUGUUUUGAAUCUAUAAUGUGCAGGAGAAAGCCAAACUAUAACCAUGAAAGAAUGUUUUAAAACACUGAUAUUUGCAAAUAUUUCCAAAUGAGGGACAGAGCAUAGUAAUUUGUAAGAUAUGUGUAGAACUGGAAUAACAUCAUUUCUUUAUUUUCUUUUCCUAUUCUAGACUAAAAAUUAAAAAAAAAAAAAAAACACAACAACAAACAGGUACCUGUAUAAAUGUCACUUUUACUGUCUAAAAGUAAUUUUAAGUGUUAGUAUGAAAUGUCAGAAGAGUUGACAAAAUAUAACUAUUUGUAAAAGUAACAUGAAUUGUUACACUAACAUAUUCCAGGUAUGAGGGUGGGAGUGAGCCACUGAAAUUAUUCAUGAUAUGGAACAUGGCAGUGACAAUCUCUCUUCAACAAAAAAUAAGAAGUAAAAUUAAGUAAAAUUACUUGGAACUUCUUGUUAUUAUUUCUUUAGUAGACCUGCAUUCUGAUUUACUGCACUAGUAAAAGAAGUUUUAAUUAAUGUUUUAUGAUUUAGUAUGCAAAUGUAUUCUGGAGAGUUUUUUUCUGGGUUUGUUUGUUAAUUUUAUUUCUUUGACUUGAAGAUUUUUUUGUGGUUCCAGAAAUAUUUAAUAUUCUGGUGAUGCUAAUGACUAAUGUGACAAAGAUUAAUUUAUUUAGGCCUCAGUUUUGCAAGAAAUUUUGUGUGACUGAACCCACCCUUCAUAUGGCACCCCACUGACAUCAGUGGGGUCAAUAUGAGCAGAAGGAUGGAUGUACUUUUAUAGGAGAGCUUGCAGGACUGGGCCUACUUUCUGUCUCUUCAUAGAUAUAUAUACACAACAUAGGUAUGCAGUGACAGUCAUCUACAAUGGCUGAGUGACAACAGUUCCUGGUAUGGAAAAUUCCACCUGCUGUCUUCAGCCUCUGUAUUGAUGUUCAUCCAAAAAAAGUGGCUUUUUAAAAAUUAUCGUAAUUACUUUGAUUAUUUAUUUAAGUGCCAAUCAUCGAACUGUAGUAUAAUAAUCAUGCCAUUUUUCUGUUUCCUAGACUGGAUAAUGGAAAUGUAUUUGUGCCUUUUGAUAGCAUGCCACUCUGCUUUAUUAAAGAAAAAUCUUCCAUAAUUUGUCUACAAAGCCUGUUUAAAGUAUAUGAAAGCUUUGCCAUUACAUACUUUUCUGCUCAAAUAUGCUCAAAUACUCAUUUAAAGUAAACUGGACGUUAUAUUCUCAAGUCACAUCAAUAUUUUAAACACAAAAUUUGCAAAAAAUCUAUUGAGAUCACAGUUCUAGUGAGGUCAUAGUGGGUGUAUUACUGCUGAAAAGAUUUGAGUACAUGGAGCACAUAUGGGUGUGUAGGGAUGUUUUGACCAAUUUAUUAAGUUGGAGAGUCAUAUAGAAAGUCUCCUUACUUCUAUUUAGGUACUUUUUCAAAUCUGAAAGAUAAUGUAGAGCAUCUUCCCACCAUGUUACCUCUGGAGUAAAACUGCAGUGAAUAUUUGUUUCAUAGUCAUUUGUGGCCUCACCUUCUCUGUGUAAGCUGUCAUAGGAAGUAAUAUCUUCAUAGAGUAAUUGUUGUGUCUUUUGGGUGACAUUCACUCCUGAUUAAAGGGCCUCCAAAAAAAAUAUUUACUGAAAAAGUUCAAGACCCCUAUUACAAACUGAUCUAUGGAGGGGUACUGAGAGUGCCUCAAGAAGGGCCACAGUGGAAUCCAGGUCUCACUUUAAGACACAAACUGUUUUCAGUGAGGACUCAAUUUUAUCCAUCUAUCCCAGCAAGGCACUGCAUGUCCUUAGCUCAUCGAGUUGCUUUUGUGAAUUGGACUUCUAGGUGUAAGUGGAACUUAAAUGUCCUGCCAGGCUCCUGCAAACAUUCUGCACAGAGGAAGUUUUCCUAUCAGGAGUUUGUACUGAUCAGGAAAAUAAAAAGAUCUGAUCACAGCUUUAUUCCAUACAUUACUAUAUACCCAGAAGUAAAAGAAAUACAACAUCCCUCUAAAUAAUCUAUUGUGAUUGCAAUACUUCUCUAGGCAAAGAUAACAUUCUAAGAAGUACUGUUUCUUCUUAAAUUCCUUUACUUAGCUUCAGAUUCUUGUGCUGAUCGAUGCAAAGCUACCACGGUUAAAUAAAUAUUUUUUAAAAAGGAUCCACCUCCUUUCUCAUAUUUUUUCAUAUUUUCUGGAUACUCAAUCCAAUUGACAACAGUUCUGUAGCAGUGGGGGGAAAACACUAAAUUUUAAGUGAUCUUCAAUAUUUCCACUGCACAUAAAAAUGUGUUCUACAAUUUCAUUUGAACCUGAACGAAAAAGAACCCUUUCCUAUACCAAUUUGUCUUUGGCUCAGAUUCUGAAAAAUCACAGUUUUCCAGUCUAUUUAUCCUCUUAACAGGCAUUGUGACCCUCAUGAUGUUUGACUUUCAAACUUGAAUAUUGGAAAUUUUUUGUCCAGGGAAAUGAAAUAAAUAUUUUCAAAUUUGUAUUGGCAGCUUUAAAGUCACAGGUGCGAUUUGGAGUGGGCAAAAUGACCAGAUGCAGUGCUGACAGAAUUCAGGAAAGCCACUACCAGAGAGAACAGGUGCCAAAGAGUGAAUUGAGAGAGGGCUCAGAUACUAGGAGGAUCUCUCAUCAUCAGUGGCAAAGGAAAUGGGGAGGUACUGAUGAAACAGAAGAGGCUGCUGGAGGGCAUUGCUAAAAGGUAGGGUACUUCCGGCUGUGAAAACCAGAAGAAGGGGAACAUUAGCCCUCCUGUAUCGUUCAACUUUACUGCAUUAGCAGGCUGCAUUUUUAAGCCUAAAAUGCAAGGUUGGGUGAAGGGAAAAGAAACUCUCAAAAUCUCUGUAGAUAAGUGGUAAACAUAGAAAGCAGUCAGACCCCACAGGAAGGUAAUUUUGUUGCUCAUGGUGUAGAGUUCUCACUAAGAAUUUUGAACUACAUAGGCAAGGUUUAAAAAAAACACAAAACAGCUCUCCUGCUACAACGAGCGAGCACUCAGUAUGUAUUUGUAUGCUAUGUACAGCAUAAGCUAAAACAUACCAUAUUUUUUUGUUAUUCCACACGUUGUCAACAGCCCACUUGCAAUGUAUACCACCUGAAUUAUAUAUUAAUAAGUUAGCUACCACUGGAGUUAGUUUGUUUACUGUUUCAAAAUCUUAUGUCCCUAUGAAAUGCUGUGUAUAUACAUAUCUCUAUAUACUGUAAAAAGAAGUAAUAUCUCAGAUGCUGGUUUUGUAUUUAUGAAAGACAUUGAAAGUAUGGCUUAAAGUAUAUCAAAUAUUUGUCACUC